AUGCGUUUCUCCGCCGCCACCGUCUUCGCCCUGGUCUCCCUGGUCGCCGCCCAGGAUGCCUCCACCACCCCCGCCGUCCCCGGCGCCUCUCAGGUCAGCUCCCUCAUCGGCUCCGCCUCUAGCGCCAUUGCCUCCGAGGCUUCCUCCAUCCUGAGCGGUGCCUCGUCCGCCGCCGGCGCCGCCUCUUCGGCCAUCGCCUCCAUUACUUCCUCUGCCGGUGCCGAGGUCAGCUCCUUGAGCCAGCAACUUACCUCCGCCACCGAUGCCGCCGGCUCUGCCUCCAUCUCUUCCAAGAUCGCUUCCGUCACCAGCAAGGCCAACUCCGCCGCCUCCAGCGUCGCCUCUGCUCAGAGCACCUCUGCUCCCGGUGCCGCCCCCGCUCAGACUGCUGCCGUUGCUCUCGGUGCUCUCUUCGGCGGUGCUGCUCUCGUUGCCAACCUGUAA